AUGUUUAGUGACAUUGAGGAGGAGGGAUCUUGGCUGGGCUCUGGGGACAGCUCCUUGGAGGAGCUGCUCAGGGCUCAGUACCGGGUCCUGAGGGACAUCGGGGAGGGCGGCUUCGCCGAGGUGAAGCUGGCUCAGCACCUCCUCACCCACACCUUCGUGGCCAUCAAAGUCAUCCCGAAGACCAAGGACGAUGCCAUCCUUAACAUGGAGAGGGACCUCAUGAGGUCACUGGACCAUCCCAAUGUGAUAAAGCUAUACGAAAUCAUAGAGACGGACGAGCUGGUCUGCCUGGUUCUAGAAUAUGCAGAACGGGGCAACCUUCAGGACCUGGUGGAUACUGUGGGCUGCAUGUGGGAGGAGGAGGCCCGGUCUCUCUUUAGGCAGAUAACACAUGCCACGUGCUAUUGUCACAACAUGGGCAUUGCUCACCGUGACCUAAAAUUAGACAACAUUUUGCUUGACGCCCAGGGCAAGCCAAAGCUUUGUGAUUUUGGCCUGGGCGUCAGGUGCCUGGAAGGCCAGAGGUUGCAAAUGGUGUGCGGCACCCUGCCAUUUUGUGCGCCCGAAAUCCUGACUCACGAAAGCUACGAUGGCACCAAGGCUGACGUCUGGAGCCUGGGCGUGGUGCUGUACACCUUGGUGGUGGGGCGCCCCCCGUUUCGGGGAAUCACGACCGUGCAGAUGGAGAAGGCGGUGCUGAAGGGUGAGUUCGGCUUCCCCGCCCACGUCUCCGCUGACUUCCGGGAUUUGGUCACCAGCAUGGUGGCCGUGGACCCCAAGCGCAGGCCCUCGCUGCAGCGCGUGUUGGAGCACCCCUGGCUCCAGCAGGGGGUGCAGGAGCCCCCAGCUCCGGAGAGCCACCCCCCGCGCCCGGACCUCUCCAUUUUGGAAGCCAUGGCUGGUAUGGGCUACGACCCACAGCAGGUGAAAGAGGCCUUGAGUGCCAAGAGCUACAAUGCGCUCAUGGGCGUCUACCUGAUGCUGGAGCAAAAGAAGUCAGAGUCCGGGGACCAGAGCGACCACCCGAAGACCUUGCAUCCCGCCAUGGCGCUCACCGGGGCUCUGUCCUUGCGUGUCCCCCCAGCCAGAUCCAGUGCGUUUGCCCUGCGCUCCUUCGCCCGCAAGGAGGACCAGAAGGCUCCAGCCCCCGACGUCCUGGCGGAGACAAAGGACAGCGGGCCCCACGAAGAUCCAGCAGAGUCCCAGGACUCGCCCCCCGCGGGACAGAGUUAUAUCGGGGUGAAGAGCAGAAGGGUGUGGAAGAGACUGAGGAGGUGCCUGACGUGGCUCCGAGGGCUCUGUUGCUGCUUGCCGUUGGGAAAGACAGAGUGCCGGAACAAAGUCGUCCCUGUGGAGAGCGAGAAGAGCGAGGAAAGCGAGAAGAGAGAGGAGAGCGAGAAGAGCGCGGAGAGGCUGGAAAGCAGUUAG